CGGGGGCUCGAUGUGUGAGAACGUGAACGUGACUCAGCCGUUGCUGGAAAGAUACAGAUGUGAAAAGCUGGCGAGAGGGACACCAACAGCUACCGGAAGUGACGCGGUUUGCAUUAACCCUGGCGUGACCACAGAGGCUAAUCCGGGAGGCUCGGCUGCGCUGUGAACCGGGACGGGAGCGUUGAAGACCUUUAAAGAUCCCCAAACAUCUCCUCACUGAAGGUCCCAAGGCGAGUGUGUGUCCAUCAUGCCGCUGUUUAGUAAAUCCCACAAGAGUCCGGCGGACAUCGUCAGGACCCUGAAGGAGAACAUGGCCAUCCUGGUCAAACAGGACAAGAAGACAGACAAGGCCUCUGAGGAGGUGUCGAAGUGUUUGGUGUUGAUGAAGGAGAUCCUAUACGGCAGUAAUGAUAAAGAGCCUCACACUGAGACUGUGGCUCAGCUGGCUCAGGAGCUCUACAACAGCGGCCUGCUCAUUUCACUGGUAGAAAACCUGCAGGUCAUCGACUUCGAGGGGAAGAAGGAUGUGUGUCAGAUAUUUAACAACAUCCUCAGGAGGCAGAUCGGCACGAGGAGUCCAACCGUCGAAUAUUUCUGUUCCCACCAAGAGGUCCUCUUUAUACUGCUCAAAGGGUACGAGACGCCUCAGGUGGCGUUGAAUUGCGGCAUCAUGCUGAGGGAGUGCAUCCGCCACGAGCCGCUCGCUAAGGUCAUCCUUCACUCGGACCACUUCCACAGUUUCUUCAGCUACGUGGAGAUGUCCACCUUCGACAUCGCCUCGGACGCCUUCGCCACCUUCAAGGAUCUCCUGACGAGACACAAAGUCCUCGUGGCUGAAUACCUUGAACAGAACUACGAUGCUGUGUUUGCAGACUACGAGAAGCUGCUGCACUCUGAGAACUACGUCACCAAGAGGCAGUCACUAAAGCUUCUGGGCGAGCUGUUAUUGGACCGACAUAACUUCACAGUGAUGACGCGCUACAUCAGCAAGCCCGAGAAUCUGAAGCUGAUGAUGAAUCUGCUCAGAGACAAGAGUCCCAACAUCCAGUUUGAGGCCUUCCAUGUCUUCAAGGUUUUCGUAGCGAACCCCAACAAGACGCAGCCCAUCGUGGACAUCCUGUUCAAGAACCAGACCAAACUAAUCGACUUCCUGAGCGUCUUCCAGAGGGAUCGCACAGAUGACGAGCAGUUCAACGACGAGAAGACCUACCUAAUCAAACAGAUCAGGGAUCUGAAGAAACCAGCCUCUUAGAGAAGUACCCUUCACCCCGACUUUUUACCUAUAGGAAGACUUACAGUAGAAAAAAAACACAUUAACAAUAACGGUUAUUCUAUUUAAAUCUACAAGACGUUAUAUGUCUUUUUUCUCUCUGUUCAUCCGUGCGAGUAGUUCUCAAUCACUGAUUGUUUUUGUUUCUUUUUGUAAAUUUUUCUCAUGAUUUUUUUUUUCAUCUGUAGCAUGUAGUGCCACAACUCUGCUGUUGGAGGCAGCUGAUUUACUCUGUUUGGAGAACCAGCGUUUUAAAGAAGCUUCAGAUAAAAUGGUCCACAGGCUGUCCGACGAAACAGACCUGACCAUUUUUGUAAAGUAUCACAGUCGCCGAUCGCAGGCGCUCUGUACAUGCUGCACACCGGUUCAUUUCUGUUUAGAUUAGGUAGCUGCAAAAACAAAAAACGAAAUAGAACUUAAGCGUCUUUUAUCCUUUGUUUUUGCACUUUGUCAUCACGUGAUUUAUCAGGCGAACAAUGAGUGCAAACAUUUAUAAAAACAUAGUCUCAGUCAUCGCUAAAAGCUAUAAAAUAUCAAACUGGCAACAAAAGACCUCUCGCCAAAUAUCUGUUAUCCUGCUACAACCAAUAAUUGUAAGAGUUUCUCUCUCUAGUGAUGCAAAUGUAUAACUGGGUUAAUAUGCAUAUCAACAAUACUGUUAACUACGACAGUAUCAUCAACUUCAUUGCUUUUAGGGAUGCAAAAUAUCUGCUUCUGUUUCCACUACAACCCCACUGCAGCAAAGCAGCCACUUGCUUCUUGGAGCGCCAUCUUCUGGCUGAAACAUAGUAACACAAUAAAACACCACUCUGCUUUCAUACUGGCACAUUGGCCACACCAGUGUAUCAGAUGCAGACCACAACAAAGGCAGUAACAGUGCAUCUUAAACAGCAAAUUUUACCUUCAUUCUGUACAAUACGACCUUAUUUGGGGAUGUCAUCUCGCAACAUAAUCUCAUUAAUACAACCUAUAAUUCCGACCGUGUUAUCUUCCGAAUCUUUCUUAAAAAGUUGAGACUUUCUAUCAAAAUUUUAGGACUUUAGCCUUAAUAUCUCUGAUAUAUUUUAAUCUUCUAAUAUCAACCUUAUAUUAUUGGUAAUUGUUGAUUAUAAGUAGCGACCAAAAACAAGAUAAUCCACAGGUUGAAUCCUUUUUAUAGCUAAAAAAUUGUUGCAACAAUUAGACUUCUUACACCCCUGAUACUCUGAUAAACCUGGAUCACACCCACACAGAUCAAGUCUUCCCUUUUCUUCUAAAACAGCUGACAUUAGUUCACAAAUUGACACAAAACUGAGCGCUUGAUUUGCGUAUUUCAGAUUUUUAACGUUCCCCUAGAGAUGAGAACUACUACAAAAAUAUAAAAAGUCUUUAAAGUUCUGAAAGAUGUCUUUUCUCUGCUGCAGUUAUCUUUGUUUAAUCUGGUCUAAAGCAGCCCAAACUUCAUGAGUUAACCCUGAUCUGUGACUCAUUACCAGCUUUAGAAUAAUCCACCGGUGCCAAAUCCAAACCAAGAAUCAAAGCUUUCGUAAAACUGAGAUUAUUCGUGUUUUUGAGAGAACUGGUUUGAGUCACUGCUGACCAAAUAAAGCCACAAAAACAGAUCACUAAUGAAGUGUAUUCUAUAAAUGAAGGGCCUUUUAAACGGGCUGCUGUUGGCGCAGUGAGCUUCAAUCAUGUGGAUCACUGCUUCUCUUCGCUGGUGGCCGAUUGCACUUUCUCUGUAUGAUAAAAAGAAUGAUUUUUUGUUAAGCUGAUCACUGUUUUCACCGCUCGAUGGUCAUUUUUUAAAAUAUCUCGAUUCAUCUCUCGUCAUGUACAGUUUCUGGUUACCUGAAGUGAGUGCCAUUUGUAAGUGAGAGCGUGCGCAGGAGACGCCUGUACAGACGGUCUGUACUGUAACACGUGUUCGACUCUGAACGGCGAGGAGAUUCAGAGGUGCCUUUUUGUUUGUUUAUUCGGUGUGUUUUCCCUUCUCUUCUCUUUCUUUUGUAUUUCCAGCAUCUUUUCUAGGGGGAGCUUAAUUAUCAUGUUGAAGAAAAUAUGCUCUGGAUAGAACAUGUUUGUUUUUGAUUAAGCAGUGAACCUCUUAACUCACUAUAUUUGAGUUACGCUGUUGAGAAACGUUUUAAACUUUGUGCUGGUUGCCGUUGUGUACAGACAUGAGUCACAGUUUCACUCUGAGUUUAGCUGCUGAAGCUGCAGAAGUAAGAGCAACAAACUCACAGAGAAACUUUGACUACAGAAAGAUUUGAUGGUGAAACUGUGAAAAAUCCACCGGAAGUUAAACGGGACUUCUUGUAGUUUUAAACCCGGAGAUAAACUUGGAACAUAAAUGACUUUAAAGUCCAACAGAAGCUGUGAGACCACAUGUGAUGGCUGCGAUAUAAUCCUUGGAGGUGAAUGCAUCACAUCUGAUCAGAUGAGUCCACGAAAAGUUCUUGUUCUUGAUGGUCCCUGCAGAGGUAGACCUCCUUAUGAAGAGGAAGAUGCACACUUAAGCUGCUUUCUUCAAGGCCACCUGACUCAAGAACACAGGAGUUGCUUCUCUACCUCUGCUUAAACGAUAGUGGACAAGCAGCUCCUGUGUUCUGCAGGAUUAAACAACUCCUGAAUCCUCUGUAGAAAUCCUUCCUGAAGUGUUGUCACACACUUGAGCCCCUCAGUAACAAGAACAACAACUUUAAGUACUAUGAUCAGGCACAUUUAUCUCCUACUUUUGUCCCCUUGGUCAUUUAGCCCUCAAAAUGAUGUGCAAACAGAGCAAGGGUUCAAAAAAAGUACCUGAACUUCCUUUUAAAGCAGAAUAAAAUUUGCAAAAUCAAUGAGAUUAAAGCACUUUGAUUAAAGUGGUGUUGGUUUUAUAUUUGACUUUAAAUUGAAAAACUGUCAUGUAUCUGUUUUCUAAAAUCUGACCCAGUUAAUGUUUAAUUUGCAUUUAAAAGUCAGAUUUCCAUCCUUCAUUUUUAAAAGAUAACAGAAGAUGACUUCAUGUAUGGAAUAAAAAAUAUCAGCUUUGACAGUGUUAUAACUCACAGGUGAAAUUACACCAACCAGCCAAAUGUCUUUGUUGAUUUUGCCUUUUUUUCCAGCUGUUACAAUGAAGCCUCAGCAGAAAUCAACAUUUUCAUCCCAGUUUAAAAAAAAAAAAAAGAAAGCAGCAGCCACUGUAUUUUCCACUCUGACGCUAUAAUUGUACCACAAUCACCACAAAUAAAUGGAUGGGAUAGAA